GGGCGCGCCAGCCCCCGCGGCCCCAGCCGGCAGGGCAGUCGCAGCCGCGCUCAGGCCGGCGGGCGCUCGCCCCGGCUCACCAUGCACUGCCACGCGGAGCUGAGGCUGAGCUCGCCCGGCCAGCUCAAAGCAGCCAGGCGGCGCUACAAGACUUUCAUGAUCGACGAGAUCCUUUCCAAGGAGACCUGUGACUACUUUGAGAAACUUUCCCUCUACUCCGUGUGCCCGUCGCUGGUCGUGCGACCCAAGCCCCUGCAUUCCUGUACCGGCCCCGCUUCCCUUCGGGCAUAUCCUCUCCUCUCGGUGAUCACCCGACAGCCCACGGUCAUCUCCCACCUGGUCCCUGCCACCCCGGGAGUCGCACAGGCAUUGUCCCUCCACCCGGCCGCCGAGGCUGCCUAUGCUGAGGCCCCGGGCGGCGAGGCUCUAGGCAGCAGCGAGUCAGAGACGGAGCAGCCCACGCCCCAGCAGAAGAAGCCCCGCAGGAGUCGCACCAUCUUCACCGAGCUGCAGCUCAUGGGCCUGGAGAAGAAAUUCCAGAAGCAGAAGUACUUGUCCACCCCAGACAGGUUGGACUUGGCCCAGUCUCUGGGACUCACUCAACUACAAGUGAAGACUUGGUAUCAGAACCGCAGGAUGAAAUGGAAGAAAAUGGUUCUUAAAGGUGGACAGGAAGCGCCCACAAAACCCAAAGGUCGUCCCAAGAAGAACUCCAUCCCGACAUCAGAAGAGAUUGAAGCAGAAGAGAAGAUGAACAGCCAGGCCCAGAGGCAGGAGUGCCUCGAGCCCUCCCAGGGACAGGAGGAGCUCUGUGACAUACAGGAACCAAAAGCAUGCCACAUCCCCUUAGAGGCGGCAGAGCCCCCAGGCCAGCCCCAGGAGUUGCCGGUAGCCUCUAUGGAACCGCCACCGUUAAGCUAAAUACAACUCUUUUGGGGGAAGAGGGAGACUGGGAAGAAGGGAAAGAGAGAAGGCAGGGAGAAUAGGGAGAGGAAAACUUCCCAAUGCCUGGUAAACUGGGAGAGAAGAGAUCCACCCGUCUCCCUCCCUCCCACAGGUCUCACUGGCGUUUUCAUCAGGAGCAUUUGAGGAAGACUUGCCUGCCUUAGGCCUUUCUCUUCCUGAAAGGCUGCUUUAGCCACAGGAUGCCCUCGAUGAAGGGAGACGGUGCCUUGGAAUUGCCUGCCCCCGCUGGGGUGACGGCUGUGGGGCUGCGUGCAAGAAGCCCAUCGGUGUCGCAGGCCCCACCCUGGCUCAGUGGAGGAUGGCUCUGGCUCUCUCCCUGCCAGCCUCUGGGCUGCCAGUCGUCAAAGCAGAGAGAUGUGGAGGAACCUGGGCAGCAUGCCCACGUUCCUUGCUGACUCAGCACUUAUUUCUAUAGUUUUAAAAGAAAAUUUAAUGUUUUUGGUUGUUGUUUUUUUUUGGGGGGGUGGUUGGUGAGGGUGGGCAAAAGAGUUGGGGGAAGGGAAUUCUGAGUUGUUAGAAUUGUUUCUGAAUAAAGUUGGUUUGUUUGAAGAUGUGUGCCUUUGUCCCCAUUAUAAGAUGGUCAGGUGACCCGAGAACUCAUAAGCCUUGUUUUUCUUGCUUCAUUAAGUUGCCAUCCCUGAAGCUGCAAUGCAGAUAUGUUAAGAUAACUUUUAUUUUUUAAUUAAAACGAAGUCUUUCAAAAG